GGGGGUGGGAAGGAGGGAGGGAGAGAAGGGGCGCUCCGCUCAUGCCACCGCAUCUUGGCAGCAGGCGCACAGCUGCUCCCGGAGCGCUGGAUGGCAGCCUUGCUGUAGGCGACUGGGCAGCUGCCUUGGCACAGCUCAGAAGGCAGAGAAGCCGGCCAGCCACCACGUUGGAGGGACUUUCUGCCUCUCCCUCCUCCUCCUCUUCAUGCCACGGGUCCUUCUUCUUCGUGGCAAGCCUUGGGGAAACUGUGGAUUGCCACAGAUUGGAGGGUGCCCCGCGCCCAAACCUAACCCUUAGCGCCGAGGGUGGCAAGGGCAUCGUGCAAAGCUCACCGCAGGAGUUCUUGAGAGGACCCUGGCAUUUUUUUUUGGGGGGGGAGGAGGGUCUGCGUGUUCUGGCCGGCACCCAACUUUCUCCCUGACUGGGCAUCAUCGUGGCUGGGCCGGGCAGAGAUGGGCACCCUUUUCCAGAGAUUGCAGCCCGCGGAGGUCUGGAGGGUGGCAAACAGGUGCUUGCCACGGGGACGCUGGCAGUGAGCAAGUCGCUCCCCAAGCUAACGGAAGCGAGAGACUCGCUCGGCCCUAACUGACAGCAGGGAGAAGAGGCACCCGGCACCUUCCUCCUAGGGGUGCUAUGGAGAACAUCCAUGAACUGCAGCACCCACUUCUGGCAAAGUCCCCUGGGAGAACGACCCUCCGGGGCGGAAUGCUGAGUCGGGUCGUUCCCCAGGACCACUCCAGACUGCUGUCCCAUCACGUGCCCCCUAGCCUCUCCUGGCUCCAGCCUGGACCCCACAUCCUUCCCAGUCAGCUCCUGGAUCCUAGCAGCCUGCAGAGGGCAGUCGAGCCCUUCCGCACCCCGGAACCGACCCUGUACCCCGAGCUGUGGAAGUCAAGCAACCCCCAAGGCUGGAAGAAGAAAGAUUAUAUCGAAACCGCCUUUGGAGACAGCAAGGAGGCUGGGGAACUGCCCAGGAAGGUGCCUCUGGAAAAGGACAUCCACACCGUCUGCUACGAAGUGGGCGACACAGAGUCUCCGGACCUCGAGAAUGAUUCCUCGAGCGACAGCGAUACUGAGAGCGAGAGCAGCUUCUCCAUGCUGCUGCCGCAAGAUUACCUGGGCCUGGCGGUCUUCUCCAUGCUGUGCUGCUUCUGGCCACUGGGCAUCGCUGCUUUCUACCUGUCCCAAAAGACCAACAAGGCGUCUGCCAAGGGCGACUACCCAGGAGCAUGGACGGCCUCUCGCCAAACCUUCGCCUUGGCUGUCUUGUCCAUCAUCCUCGGCAUCUGCACCUACAUCGGAGCGGUGGUGGCUCUCAUCGCUUACCUGUCCAACAAGGCGCCGACCUAGAUCUUCCUGCCCCACCAAAGCCACGCCCUCGCCCCCCCUCCGCCCCCGGUUGGGAGUUGGAAAGGCGUGUGCCGACAUGAUGGGGCGAGCACAGGUUUCCUGACGUCGAUUUCGUGAACCAACCAACCAACCAACCAACCCACCCCAGCAAAGGUGUGCGUGGAAGAACUCCACCCUUUCAACUCUCAACUCAGCAAGCCCUUGGAGCAAAGAGGCUAUAGGGUUGCAAGAAUCAGGGAACCCAGGCUGGGAAACGGGGGGGUCUCUGCAAUGGGGCCCUCCUGACAUCAAGAGUGAUGGAUGGGCGGCAGCUAUCAAAGCUACAUCCCUGCCAGUUUGGGGAGAAACCAGCCCCAUCGCGGGAGAAGAGGAGAGGAGACAGGCCCGUUCACCCAGACUGGGACAGAAUUUGGGGAAGGGAUUUGAGCUUCUGCUUCCAAUGGCAGGAAACAGGGGAUGGGGGGGAUUAGGUUACCUACGGACAAUGGGGCACCUCUCUCUCAUACCCACGCCCACCCAGGCUUCCCUUAGCUGGCUGUGUCUCUUGGUCACUUCUCCUUUUCUACAGAGGCCCUGGCCUCCACACCCAAAGGUCAUGCUCUCCCCCCCCUUACCCCACCCUCAAUAAACUGCCAAGGCACCUCUGCCUCGUGAGCCACCUGUAC